CGGUCAGCACUAAGCACUUCCGGAUGUUGGAGUCACACCUCUAGAAGUUUUGUCGCGGGUUUGUUCAUAUCAAGGAUGGCAGUGCAAACGGAGAGAGGGAUCCCGCUCAGUGCGCUUAAUCCAAAGUUCCUUCACACCAACUCCACCAGCCACACCUGGCCCUUCAGUGCCAUUGCAGAGCUGAUAGACAAUGCUUAUGACCCAGAUGUGAGUGCCAAACAGUUUUGGAUUGAUAAGACAGCAAUCAAAGGUCAUGACUGUCUAACUUUCAUGGAUAAUGGAGCUGGAAUGGAUUACGAUAAGAUGCACAAAAUGCUCAGUUUUGGCUUUAGUGACAAGGAGACUAUAAAUGGCCAUGUCCCUGUGGGCCUCUACGGCAAUGGGUUUAAGUCUGGCUCCAUGCGCUUGGGAAAGGACGCCAUUGUGUUUUCCAAGAACGGAGAGUCCAUGUGUGUGGGCCUGCUGUCCCAGACGUACCUUCAAGAGAUACAGGCAGAGAAUGUCAUUGUACCCAUUGUCUCAUUCAAACGCAACGGACAGUCAUUCCGGCCCGAGCCACAACACACAGCAAGUCUCCAAGAUAUCCUGCACUUUUCUCUGUUCCAGACAGAGGAUGAACUGCUCUCUGAACUCAGUGCCAUCAAUGCACACUAUACCACAGAGUCCACAGGAACACGAAUCAUCAUUUGGAAUCUCCGCAAAACAUCCUCUGACAAAUCUGAGUUUGACUUUGAAUCAGACCGCUAUGACAUCCAGAUUCCAUCUGAAGUAUAUGAGAGUGAAAAGGAGAAAUACAAGCAACCCUGUCGCCUGUUACAGUCAAGCCCAGAGAGCGACUUCUCCCUGCGGGCGUACUGUAGCAUCCUAUACUUGAAGCCCAAAAUGCAGAUUAUCAUUCGUGGACAAAAAGUGAAAACCCAGCUGAUCUCUAAAAGCCUGGCACACAUUGUCAAGGAUAAAUACAAACCCAACUUUCUAAAUAAAGAAAGCAUCCCCAUCACAUUUGGAUACAAUACUAAGAGCAAAGAACAUUACGGAGUCAUGAUGUACCAUAAAAACCGGCUCAUCAAAGCCUAUGAGCGUGUUGGAUGCCAAAACAGGGCAAAUGGAAGAGGAGUGGGAGUCAUUGCAGUGAUUGAGUGCAACUUUCUUAAGCCAACACACAACAAGCAGGACUUUGACUACACAGAAGAGUACAGGAGAACAAUGAACGUUUUGGGCGUGAAACUGGAAGAAUACUGGAAAGCAAUCCGCCAUAAGAGGGGAGUGCCCAACGCAGUGCUUAUGGAGGAUAUGCCGAAACGUCCUGAUCAGACCUGGGUUCAGUGUGAUGAUUGUCUGAAGUGGAGGAAACUUCCAGAUGGCAUCGACACGAAUAAGCUGCCUGAAAAAUGGUUCUGUCGAUUGAAUCCAGACCCCCAGUUCAGGCAAUGUGAAAAACCAGAAGAAGCUGAAGAUUCUGAGGAUGAAAAUUCAAACUGCCUGAAAGAAUACAAACUGCAUGAAAGAAACCUCAAAAAACAGCAGGAACAGAAAAGAAUGCAGGUGGAAGCCAGGUUGAGAAAUGUGAACGAGGGUCUGAAAAGGAAACCUGACGUUGUGUGUCAACUCCAGCAAAAUGCCCCUUCCUCACCCGGGUCACCUACGGUCUCUUUGGCAGCGCAGAGCCCUUCCAAAUCAGUACCCCUCUCACAAUCUGCCUCGAACAACAUGCCAGUGAUUUCAAAUGUCAUUUCCCUCUCCACUCCUAAAAGGAUGAAAAGAACUCUAGGACCUACCCAGAGCCAAGCUGCAAAAAGAGCUAGAACAUUUCUUGCUUACUGUAGCAACACAUCAGAUAGUCCAUCAACGUCUACAGCUACAGCUGAUUUCAUAUCCUCACCUUUGGGGAUCGCAGACAAUAAUGACAAUAAAGUUGAUGAAAAUGAUGCAGAUGAAACAAGCAUUGGUGGUGGUGAUGAUGAUGUUGUUAUUGUUGAGACCAACAGCACGCCACGACCCAAACCCUUGCCCUUUGACCUCUCUAAGGUAAAGACAGAAGAAAGUACCAGCGAGGAUGCACUAGGAUUAUAUAUGGAGUGCAGUGAUCAAGAUCACAUAGAAACUGAAGAUACUAGAAAUGCAACAAUGGAGCCAUCAACUUCAAAUGGCCAAACCAGCAUAACAACCCAAACGGAACGUUUGAUUGUAAAGGAGGAGGAAGACCAGCAGAUCAAGAGGGAGGAGACUGAGAAUGAUGCUAGAAGGAAGGAACAGAGCGCUGAUGUGAAAUGCAAGAUGAGUAACACUACAGAAAUGACCAAAGGCCCUGUGGAGGUUGAGAGAUGUAGUAGUGCAGAAGUUUCCAGACCAAAUCUUGCAGAUCUGGGGGGCACAAUUAAGGAGAAUAGAAUCAGUUUUGAAAAACAUCCAAAGUCAGAUGUAAAAAACCAGGAAGGUAUGACAUCAACAACUUCUAAGGCCUCACUUUUCUCUGACAUAGAAAUAGACCUUGUGCCAACCCAUGAAGCACAGAAGCAACAGGAUAACCUGCUAAAUCUCCUGGAGGCCACAGCCCAGGAAAGAGAUGAAUUCAGAGAGCAGGUUCGGGAGAAAGAGAUCAAACUCCUGAAACUCACUGUUAAUAAAGACUGCAGCCAUCAGAGCAUCCAGACAGAUCCAUCAGAGGAACAAGACUAUAAGACUCUCUACUUACAGGCCACCCAGCAAAACGAAGAGCUUAAACAAGAAAAGGAGGAGCUAAAAAAGAAAGAGGAGGCGUUGUUGCAAAUCAAAGCUGAGAAAGAGGCACAGGAUGAGGUGCGUCGUGCCCAGCUGAAAGCUGAGGGAGAGGGACAGUCAUCAACAGCAAAUGUUUUUGAAAAUGUAGAUGAUGAAAUGGCUCUUCAAGUGGACUUUCUUCUAAGGGAGCUGGACAAGCGCAAUACAGAAUGCAAUGAACUGAGAAUUAAGCUGGACAGCUUGGAACAGGAGAAAACUCGCUGUGAGCAGUUGCAGAAGGAAGUAGAAGAGCUGAGGAAAUACAAAGAGGAGUGGAAUAAUACAAAAGUAGCAAAAGAGACUCUGAGGGACAGUAACACCAGUUCAGAUCAAACAUGCAGCACAAGCACAGCUGCAAACCUUGUGAAUGGGAUCAAAAAGGAUGGAGAGAGCAAUGAAAGACCAGUGGAGGGAGAGAACUCAGUGGCACCGGCCAAGUUGAGGGAGCUGAGGUGCAGUGUCGCCCGUUUGUUGGUCACUUUUGUUCCUGCACUGGACCUUAACCAAGUGAAUUAUGACUGUGAGGUCAUAGAUGAGAUUUUAAAUCAGGUCAUAGAGGAGAUUCCCCCCUCUUGAGACCACUUUUACUUAACACCUUUAACCAGCUGCCUAAGUUAAUGUUUUGUUCAUCGAGGUUCAAAUUCUGUUGCACUCUGAAAAUAUUAAACUUAAUAUUAAAAUGUUUUAUUUAUUUACACGUUCUUACUAAUUAACACUUGCCGUUCUUUGUGCAAGUUUUACAUUCCUUUUUAAAUCCUUGUGUUCUUUCGGUUAAUGAAAUAGAAAUAAGUUGUCAAGAAUAGCGUUUGGCCUUUUUGCCACAAAGACUUGAGCUUACUUAGCUUACAAAUGUUAUAGCAUUUUAAGUUAAGUUUUCUGUCAUUUUUAUAUGCGGUUGUGUGCAUUUCUGAUACACAAUAUUUCUGAUACAAUUGUGUACAGAAGCUGUAGUAAUUGCUACUCAAAUUGUGUACAAGCAAUUCUGUGUAUAAAAUUGUAAAUAGUGGUGUUUCGGGGAAAAAAUGGUUAAAUAUGAAAUAAAUUUUGUAUUUGUUUAAUUAAAAA